AUGCAGCCUUGGGCCUUAGUUAGCCCCGCGUCCCGCGGCAUUGGUCUCCAUCUCGCUCGCCAUUUGCUCCAGAAUACAAAGCUGCCCGUCGUGACCACUGCACGAAAGGACUUGGAUCAGGCCAAGGAAUCAAUCCUCGAUGGCCUGCAUCACGUCGACCAAAACCGACUCAAUGUCUUGAAGUUGGAUGUCCUUGGUAUGCCCUUUGCUUUUUGGCAGCCGUUGUGCUUCUUGACGCUAAAUGCCAACUUGACAGACGAAAACACCAUCCAAGAUGCAGCAUCCGCUUGCAGUGAACUGUUUCCAAAGAAGGAUAACUACUUGCAUCUGUCCUAUGCUAUUCCCGGCAUCUUGUUUCCUGAAAAGUCUCCUCAGCAGAUUGAUCAUGAUGAUGCCCUUUUGACCUUUCGGACCAACACGCUGGGUCCCAUGCUGAUGCUUAAACACUUUGGUCCUUUCUUGCCGCGGAAGUCGACACAACUUGCCCAAGAUGCAUCUUUGCCGAAAACAGCCGUCUGGGCUACCAUGUCUGCUCGUGUGGGUAGUAUUACUGACAACCAGCUUGGAGGAUGGUACUCGUAUCGUGCAUCCAAGGCUGCUGUCAACCAGGUCACAAAGACCUUCGACAACCACUUGCGGACAGCCUCAGGCGAAAAGGCUAUAGCCGUCAGUCUGCANCCGGGCACCGUCAAGACAAGCUUCAGCAAGGAAUUCUGGAGCGGUGUCAAGGAAGGAAAGCUGUUCAGUCCUGAGUUCUCGGCCGAGAAGCUGUACGAGGUUGUUGUAGGCAGGACUCUAGAGGAUAGAGGCAAGUGCUGGGACUGGAAGGGCGACGAGGUUCCGCCCUAG